CUUUCACUCUCUGAUCUUUAUUUAGGGUUUUGUUUCCAGAUCCAAACAAUAGAAACCCCAAAUUCCCCAUUGAAAUCCAUAACUUCUUUGUUUCAUUCCUCUCAUGGAUGAAUCUAAUUACACUAGAGUGGAAGCAUUUGAUUCAGGUCAAAAUGUCAGCCCUGGAUUUCGACAAACGGCUUCGGAACAGCAACACAACAAUGGCGGUGGCGUGAGGGGGGAAAUCGACACAUCGGCGCCAUUUGAGUCGGUGAAGGAGGCCGUGAACCGAUUCGGUGGAGUCGGGUUCUGGAAACCCCAUCAUAAGCAGCCUCAUCCUCAUGCUUCUGAGGAUUACAUUGAAGAAGUAUUUGAUGCAGCAAAAGCAGAAGAGCAGGCCGUGCAGUUAGCGAAUGAUCUCAUAGUGAAAGAAAGGGAAACGCUCGAAGUCUUGAAAGAACUCGAAGCAACAAAAACUGCUCUCGAAGAUUUGAAAGUCAAACUUCAGAAAGAAUCAGCUGCAGUUGAACUAGUGGUUUGUAAUCAAUUUGAAGGACAGAGAGUGGGAAAUGACCGAAACACCCUUGAGCUGCAAUCGGUUGUUCAUAAUCAAUCUGAUGAACUGAGAGGGGGAAAUGACCAAAACACACAUGAGCCACAAUCGGGUGCUCGUAAUCAAUCUGAAGAACCGGGAGAGGGAAAUGACGAAGACGCACUUGAGCCACAGUCUGGUGGUGAUAACUUGAUGUGUCCUUCUUCGGCUCCAGGUUUCAUCUUGAUGGAAUUGAAGCAAGCCAAACUGAACUUAACAAGAACCACAAACGAUCUUGCUGAUAUCAGAGCGACUGUGGAAUCGUACAACAAGAAGAUCGAUAAAGAAAGAUUCGCACUUGAGAAAACCCGUCAGAGAUUAUCUCUGAAUUCUACGAAAAUGCCAUCUCUUGAAGAAGACGUUGACUUACCACGGGAGCUCCACCGGUUGACUUCCGAGACUGAGCAGUUCAAGAAGGUCGGAGAGGUAGCGAAAUCAGAAGUUUUACGAGCAAUGAAUCAGAUCAAACAGACUAAAAUGAGACUAAAAACAGCCAACAUUCGUCUAAUGGGAGCUCGAAAACUUACAGAAGCCGCGAAAGCGUGUGAAGCUCUUGCACGAUCCGAGAUAAAGUCAAUAUCGAAAAGUCAAACUUUAUCUGAAGGCGAAGGUGUGACUCUUUCUUUCGAGGAAUACUUUUAUCUAAAAAUGAAAGCUCGAGAGGCCGAUGAAGCUUCAAAUAACCAAGAAACCGAAGCCAUGGCUCGAGUCGAAGAAGCCGAGAUAUCAAAAACCGAGAUCUUGAACAGGGUCGAGGAAGCAACCGAUGAAGUGAAGAACAGUAAGAGGGUUCUCGAAGAAGCCUUGAGGAAAGUCGAUGCUGCGAAUAACGACAAGUUAAAAGCCGAAGAAGCUCUUCGCAAAUGGCGAUCGGAACACGGUCAAAGGAGAAAGUCAACAGUCCAAAACUCGACCAAAUUCAAAAAUUCUUCAAAUCGGAUCGGAUCCCAUUUGGCAAGUAACAUAUCCGGUCCGGUUUUGAGGCCGACAAUGUCGAUCGGGCAGAUUUUGAGCCGGAAGUUGCUGUUGACUGAAGAGAAUUCAGAAAAAAGCUCGGGGAAAAGGAAGGUUUCGUUGGCACAAAUGCUGAGCAAGCCUACCAACGGUGGUGGUGGUGGUGGUGGUGAUGGUGGCAGCGGUGAUGAUGAUGGUGGGAAACGUCGGUCGGGAAAGAGAAAGAAGUUCGGGUUUGGUCGGAUAUCGUUCCUAGUGGCGAAGCCGAGCAAGAAGAAGAAGAAACAUAGCAUAAGUUCUCGGCUUUCAUGCGCCGUGGAUUAGAAUUGAAUAAGUUGUCUUAGGAUUUCUAUAUCUAGUUUGUGUUUGUUAAUUAUGAAGCUUCAGACUACGUUAU